AUAUGAGCACAGAACUUCUCAUUUCUUGUUGAUUUAUAUAGAGAAAGAAAGAGAGAAAGAUGGGUAUGGUUCUUGUAUGUAGUUUUUGCUGUGCCCUAUUCUUGUUAACUAUACUUAGAUUAAAAAGAAGACAACAGGACAAGAUCAAAAGAGGAAACUUGCCACCAGGUUCAAUGGGUUUGCCUUAUAUUGGAGAAACUCUUCAACUCUACUCUCAGAACCCUGACAUCUUCUUUGCUAAUAAGCAACAAAGGUAUGGAGAGAUAUUCAAGACUCGCAUUCUUGGAUGUCCUUGUGUUAUGGUUGCUAGCCCAGAGGCUAUUAGGUUUGUGUUGGUGACACGAGCAAGCUUGUUCAAGCCAACAUACCCGCCAAGCAAGGAAAAAUUAAUCGGGCCAUCAGCAAUAUUUUUCAACCAAGGGAUUUACCAUUCUCAACUGAGAAAACUUGUACAAGUUUCUUUGUCACUCGAUGUGAUCAGAAACCUGGUCCCUCAUAUUGAAGCUAUUGCUAUCUCUACUUUGGAAUCUUUGUCUUCUACUGCCAAAGUCGUUAACACUUUCCAUGAGAUGAAGAAGUUCACUUUUGAUGCUGCUGUUUUAUCCAUCUUCGGUAACUUGGACUCUUACUAUAGAGAAAAUUUGAAGAUAAAUUACUACAUACUUGAUAAAGGUUAUAAUUCUUUUCCAACAACUCUACCUGGCACUUCAUACAGUAAAUCAGUCAUGGCAAGAAAAAGGCUAAGCCGGAUUCUUGGUUGGAUAAUACGGGAGAGGAAAGAGAAAGGAUUAAUACAAAACGAUCUUUUGGGUUAUCUACUGAACUUCAAAGAUGAGAAAGGUCAAAUGUUAUCUGAUAAUCAAAUUACUGAUAAUAUCAUCGGUGUACUAUUCGCUGCUCAAGACACUACAGCUAGCGUUUUAACAUGGAUUCUUAAGUAUGUCCAUGACGACUCAAAAAUUCUUGAAGCUAUUAAGAUGGAGCAGAAUGCGAUUUAUGAAUCAAAUGGGAGAGGAAAAAAUCCAUUAACAUGGUCUCAAACUAGAAAUAUGCCCUUUACGAAUAAGGUUAUAAUGGAAAGCUUGAGGAUGGCAAGUGUUAUAUCGUUCACCUUUCGAGAAGCGGUUGAAGAUGUUGAAUAUAAAGGGUACUUAAUUCCAAAAGGAUGGAAAGUACUUCCUUUAUUUCGGAAUAUUCAUCAUAAUCCAGAUUUCUUCACUGAUCCACAUGUAUUUAACCCUUCUAGGUUUGAGGUUGGACCAAAACCCAAUACGUUCAUGCCCUUUGGAAAUGGCGUUCAUGCAUGUCCAGGAAAUGAAGUUGCUAAGCUUGAGAUGCUUAUUCUAAUCCAUCAUUUGGUCACCAAGUUCAGGUGGGAAGUAGUAAGGUAUAAGAGUGGGGUUCAAUACGAUCCAUUUCCAGUACCUGAGGAGGGCCUUCAAGCUAAGUUUUGGAAAGAAUCUAUCAACACAGCUGGCCAUCAUUUUAUAUAAUACACAAUAAUAAUAAUAAUACAAACAUCAUCAGAUGUCAAUUUUUCAUAAAGAAGCAUUUCAUUUUGCUAAAAAUUAGUGGUAGGGACAGGUUCUUCUGCUUUGGGGAGUUUGGUUUCAUCUUUGAAUAUGUAAUGUAGCUUUUUUCUCUAAUCAUCUUUGAUCUUUCAUAAACUUGUAGCUUUCAUGUCUUGUUCUUAAUGGUGGGUACAUUACCAAAUGAUGAUAUUUCAUUUUCAAAAUUAAUCA